AUGGCUGCAUGGUUAUAUCAACCUGUUAUGUUCGAGUCUGACCGGGCCUUUGAUUGUGAAGGGUUCAAUUCCGACCAGUGCAAGUAUUACAAAGACCCAUGGCGCAAUUGGUAUGUAGCAGACUGGAAAUUCGCGCUGCCAACAGUAGCACUCUUUAUGUGCAUUAUCGGCAUUUUUAUAGUCGGUUAUGUCUUGACACAAGUGCUUGCUUUGUCCCACAGGCCUGAGCCUUUGAUAUGGCGAAGGGGCGUUGCAUUAAUUCGAUAUCUGUCAUAUCGAGGUUUUCGCAUUGAAGGUUUAAGGUGGAACUCUGCGCCUGUGGGGGUGCUAUUGUUGGGAGCCAUAGGAACCAUAUAUUUUCUCUGCAUGGAUUUGAUACCAUCUCCAUACUAUUGGCCAGGUACAGACACCGUUUGGGGCAACUCGCCGCCAUUAGGUACUAGAUCUGGCUGGCUAGCAUUGGCUUGUAUGCCCUUCGUCUUUGCGACUGCAACCAAGACGAAUUGGAUAACAAUGGUGACUGGAGUGCCAUAUGAGAAGCUCCAGGUCUUUCACCGGUGGAUUUCAUAUGCUUUCUUUACCCUGGCGUUGAUGCACACAUUUCCAUUUAUUGUUUGGCAUAUUCAUAAUGGCGAUAUGGUCAAACAGUUUACUGUGAGUAAUAUCUUCGAAUAUUGGACUGGCGUUGUUGCGCUUGUAUUUCAGGCAUGGCUCACAUUUGCAUCCUGUGGUCCCAUUCGAAAUCUUGGCGGUACGCUUACAUCAUGGGACUAUUUUGUCGCAACCGCAGCAGUCUACGUACCUUGUUGGACAUAUCCAUGGCUUAGAACCUUAUUCGAGUACGGCACACAUCAAAAAGCAGAAAUCUUCAUUGAAGACAAUGGAUUUACACGUAUCACCAUACCCGUCAACUUCACAUGGCAACCAGGACAACAUUGUUUUUUGCGGUUCCGCAGCUUCGGGAUUCAUGCUCUAAGCUCCCAUCCGUUUACCAUCUGCUCGUUCCCACCUAAAUCGCUUGAUAAACCGUCCGAGAUGACUUUCUAUAUUCGUCAUCAAGGAGGCUUUACAAAGAGACUGUAUUAUCAUGGAUUAAAGCGUCCAGGUAUACAGGUACCUGUGUUGGUUGAUGGUCCUUAUGGUGAUAUAGAUAAUCUAAAAUACUUGAGCAGCGAUCGUCUUGUUGUGGUUGCGGGUGGUUCAGGAGCUGGAUGGAUACUACCUUUUAUCGAGCAGUUUCUGCGAUUUCGCUCUUUAGAUGGAAAUCCCGAAUCUCUAGCUGAUGAAAUAAGAGAGGGUAGACAGACUUCUGAGAAGUCGUCACGUCAGCGAGAUUUUCGCAGUCCUCAAUCAUUAAGGGUCAUACUAUCCACACGAGAUAUAGCGACUCGCACAUGGUUCUAUAAAACCGUUAAUAAUAUGCUCUCGGAUUACCAGUCGCUAGGAACAAAUACAAGUAUCGAGGUACACAUAACUGGGCCUGCUGAGUCUACGAUACAAUCUCCCACCAAAUCUGCUUCCGAGCUCGAAAAGUCCGAUGAAACAUCAACAGAAAAAGAUAUCAUCGAUAAACAUACAAGAGCGAUUAGAAACUCCGACGCAAGUGCACCGCAACACGAAGUACGCGGCCGUCCAGAUCUCCCGCGUAUUAUCCGAGAAGAAGCCGAUGCAGCGGAGAUAACAAGAGAUAGAAUAGGGGUUUUUGUAUGCGGACCGCUGACUAUGCAACAUGAUGUUCGUAAUGCUGUUGCGGAGGAGGAGUUGAGGGUUGUGAAGAAUGGGAAAGUGGGUGGGGGUGAGAUUUAUUUGUAUUCUGAAUACUUUUCGUGGGCGUGA